AAGUGUAUCAUAUUUGUUAAGGUAUUUGAGAAGUAACAGAAGCGGCGAUUAUUUCUGACCUAUUGAAACCUAACGUUGCAUCUGUUUAAUCAGGACCUCAGAAAGCAAGAAAGAYAUAAAAGGGCCUAUCAAAUAUGUCCUCCUCCCAGUCAUAUUCAAGGCGGCAGUGGUGUUGCUACCUUUGCGAUUUGCCUAAGAUGCCAUGGGCUAUGAUCUGGGACUUUAGCGAGACUGUCUGCCGAGGCUGUGUGAAUUAUGAAGGUACGGACCGUAUUGAAUUCCUCAUAGAGACGGCAAGGCAGUUGAAAAUAACUCAUGUUAUGCAGGAUGACAGGUCCCCGUGUCCCCAGCCCACUAAACAUGGCCCAGGUGGGAGAGAUGGACCUAUGGAGGGUGGCAGGCCACUUCCUGAAUGCUUUGAAAGGGGAAGAGGGGACUACGGAGCCCCAGCACGGAUCCCCAACGGUCUGCACAGAAUAGAUGACGGGGGCCCACAACAAGAACUCAGUGGACAGAGCCCUAUCAAUGCCAGACGACCCAUGGUGUGUACCGUUCCGCCCAAUUUAAUGACACAUGGCCUUGUGGGGGCUCCGCACGGGUUGCUAGCAGCUGUGCCCGGUUUAAAUGCCAGAGUCGGGGGAACCCCCCUCACCCUCUCUGCCUCCAUGCUGAACGAGAUCACCAAGAGGCAGCUGAGCAUGGGCAUGGGUGUGGCCUCCUUCCUGAGCCCUGAGUUUGAGAAGGAGCUGAGGGAGAAGCAGAGGAACGCAGAGGCUCUGGCCGAGCUGUCGGAGAGUGUACGGAACCGAGCAGACGACUGGGCCGGCCGACCCAAGGCUGUACGAGGGGCCCUGCUCACCCUCUCCGGCUGUACCCCCUUCAAUGUGCGCUUCAAGAAGGACCACAGCCUGGUGGGGCGGAUCUUUGCCUUCGAUGCCAAGCUGACGCUGGACUUUGAGCUGAAGAUCUUUGCGGAGUACCCGUGCGGCUCGGGGAACAUGUUCUCCAGCCUGGCGGCGCUGGUCAAGCAGAUGUUCCACGACAGCCAGAGAGACUCUGGGAGCAAGGUGGUCAACUCGGGCCUGAAGUAUGUGGAGUACGAGAAAAGGCAUGGCGCGGGGGACUGGCGACUGCUCUCUGAGCUGCUGAGUGAUGCGGUACGGGCCUUUAAGGACACCCCCGGCCCUGACGUUCUCCCCAAGCCCUACCUGGACGCCAGCUGCUCCAUGCUGCCCACAGCGCUGUGUCACAUGUCCCGCUCGGCACCGCCAGUCCACGGGCGCCGGAGGAAGGCUUCCCCAGAGCCCCAGGGUGGAGAGGUGGUGACCACAGAGGAGCAGCUCCGGCAGCAUUGGCCCAUGGGGAUGUACCCGGGAAUGGCUAUCCACCUAGCUGCCUCCUCCUUCCCCAGCGCUAGCCAGCCACCUCCUCACCAGGAGGGCUCAGCCUCCCAUUCCCACAGCAGCGAUCCCUCCCCCAUCACAGCACUGAUGAGCGUGGCUGACAACGCAGGUGCAGCCGCCGGCCAGUCACCCAGAGAGGCCCCUAGCAGCAGCAGUAGUGGUGGAGGCCUGGGCCACUCCUCCUUGGCAGUGAGACAGAGCAGCAGCAGCCCCAUGGCAGCGUGCCCUGCGGGGCAGCAGCGGCGCCUGGCCUCCAGGAAUGGGGAACCCCAGGGAGCCAGCAACUCUGCAGGGGGAACCACAGCAGCUCUCCCUCUGGCUGGGGCCUCGGACCAGGGAGCAGGGGACCCCUCCAGCUCCUCUGGUCCCCCUCUCUGCUGCACCAUCUGCCACGAGCGCUUGGAAGACACUCACUUUGUCCAGUGCCCCUCGGUUGCGGCCCAUAAGUUCUGCUUCCCAUGCACCAGAGACUUCAUCCGGAGCCGGGGGGCCGGCAGCGAGGUGUUCUGCCCCAGUGGAGAGAGGUGUCCCCUGGUAGGCUCCAACGUGCCCUGGGCCUUCAUGCAGGGAGAGAUCGUUACCAUCCUGGCUGGAGAUGUCAAGGUGAAGAAGGAGCGCGACCCCUAAAUCCUCUGGGACAGCUGACUAAGGCUGUUGACACCUGAGUGGAGCUGCAGACAGAUAACGACAAUCUCAACAGGUUGUCCCCACCUCACAGCCAAUCACCACAGCAAUCCGCCAGGUUCUCCCCACCUCACAGCCAAUCACCACAGCAAUCCGCCAGGUUCUCCCCAACUCACAGCCAAUCAUCAUACACCUCCACCUGCAUGGGGCAGGCUUUACACUACCACAUCACUGUCUGGUUGGUUAGGGGGUGACGAUACCCCCAGCCCCAGCUCACCUCUAAUACCUAAUUCACCCCUUUGUCCCUCAAACAUCAACUUAUCUACAUUAGUAUUGGUCACUAGUAUUAGUCACUGACUUUAUAAACCAGUGGACCAUGGUUGAGAAGUAUGAACYUCGUCUAGCCUCUGUUCUAGGUGAUUUUAGGGCUGCUGUUUUCUGUUUCCUUGAACAUCGUUCUAACAGAUAUCCGAGUGGCAAUGUGAACGAGUGAUGACGUCACGAAAUGUUACAGCAACAUACAGACUAGAACUGUUUUUGUUUUACGUCACAUUUGCGCUUUACGUAAAAAACUGACGCCGACUGUCACGGAGCGAAUUGUUUGCUCUUUGUUGAAACCUCAAACCAGCAGCAGUUAAUGUCGCGCCAUCGAUUUUAUAAGACCGUAGCGGGGACUUUCAGUGCUACGCGACACAGUAACAUGGCUUUCACAGUGCCCAACAAAGGUGCUUUAUCCCGCAUGUAUGAAAUGGGAUGGAUACCUCUAUUUUAUACUGAAUGUAGAAUGCAAGACAAUCUUUCUCCAUGGUAAUAGAUGUGCAAUCUAUAGUUUUGAGACAACACAGCUUGUGGUGUGUACCACUAAGUAGCCUAAACUCAUACAUAGAAACCAAAGAUUCAUGCUAAUGUAAAUGUACAGUGCCUAUAGAAGGUCUACACCACCUUGAACUUUUUUCAAAUGUUGUUUGCGUUACAAAGUAGGAUUGUAAUAGAUUUAAUUGUAAUUUGUUUUGCCAUUGAUCUACAGAAAAUACUCCAUAAUGUCAAAGUGAA